GAGUCAACACGCUGUUCAGAGACUUUCACUUUGACAGUCACCUGAAGCAGGGAUGCCUGCAGAUUUCAAUGGCUACUGGAAAAUGGUCAGCAAUGACAAUUUUGAGGAGUAUCUGAAAGCACUGGAUGUAAACGUUGCUGUAAGAAAAAUAGCAAACUUGCUAAAACCUGACAAAGAAAUCCUUCAGAAUGGGGAUCACAUGAUCAUUAAAACGCUAAGCACUUUCAGAAACUACAUCAUGGAAUUUGAUGUAGGAAAGGAGUUUGAGGAGGAUUUAGCUGGGGUGGAUGAUCGCAAAUGCAUGACCACUGUAUCUUGGGAUGGAGAUAAGCUUCUUUGUGUACAGAAUGGAGAAAAAGAAGGUCGUGGUUGGACCCAGUGGAUUGAAGGAGAUGAAAUGCACCUGGAAAUAAGAGUGUGUGGAGUCAAGUGUAAGCAGGUCUUUAAGAAGGUACAGUGAACCUACUGCUGAUAUUGAAGUGCAGAACAGUAGAAUUUACAGACUUACCACCAAAUCUCCAAAUGCUAGUAAUGAGCACCACCAGCGAUGAGAGCAAACACAGAAAUGAAGAUCACGUUAGAACUGUAUAGUUAGAAUAAAAUAUUCUUAACAAAUAAUUUUAAAGAAAUAACUGCAAAUAAAACUAUUUUUAGAAAUGCCAAUUAAAGAUACUAAACACUAUAAA